AUGGCGGCCAACCUUCCCAGCUUACCGAUAGAGCUCCUUCUCAGUAUCAUAUGCUGUGCGGAGACUCGCUCCAGCAGUCGCAAGCUAUGCGAAGCGCUUCGUCUAACAUGCAAACAGCUCGAUAGCAAGAUCAUGCGGUACUUUGGUAACAACCACUACAAGCGAAUCAAACUACCGUUCAGCGAGACAGGACUCAACCGAUUGCUGCGCAUCUCAAGGGGACCACUAGCUCACCAUAUCGAGUCUGUGACUAUCAAAUGUGGUACCGUCCAUCCAUACCAGGACGUAUGCAUACAGAAGGACCCAAAUUCACUAUUGGACGAGAACAUCAGCAAAUGGCUAAAGGAUGGUGAUUGUGCAGAAAUCCUCGCGUCUGCUUUGUCUAAGCUACCGAAUCUAAGUGGGUUUCACAUCAGGGAGACUGGCUACAAUUUCAGGGUCUAUGAACGGGAGCAACUCGAGCUACUAUGGAAUUACUGGGCUACAACAUUGAGAACUCUGCUAGCAACAGCAAUUCCUACUAUCCAGUCUCUCGAGGAGUUAUCCAUAUGCGCCAACAGCACUAUCAUGGCAGCUGAUCCCUCUCACCUGGGAGACAUCAUCACCUUCACGGAUCAACUUGGAAAGCUUCGGAUGCUUCAGAUAGACAUGGUUCUCGGUACUGGCAAAGAUACUUUACGGAUUCUAUGCUUGGAAGAGGUAUGGACCUACAAGGCCACCUGGCCUGUCGGAAUCGUACAUUUUAUUAGGAGAGAACUAAAUCUGGAAGAGGUCACCUUACGAAAACUCAGUUUCGGCGACUUAGGCCUCCACCUGAGGAGGUUCCACCAACUUCGUCCAAGUAUCGUGCAACAUGGCUAUGGCUAUGAUCCACAACUGGAGGAUGAAGGGUGGGCAUAUGUUGAUUGGGAAAAUCGUUGUUCAGCUGAGAUUAUCCUCAAGUAUCAAGAGGGUGAUGACAUCAAGUAUUGGCUCAGAAUGAUUGAAGAAGACUACAGGUUGAAAGGAAAAUAG